AUCGCGCCCGUCAAGCCCGUCUCCCUCUUCUCUCUUUUCUUUUGCCAUCGCCAUUGCCAUAGCCGGAAGGAAAGCAGUGAAAGAAAAGAAUUAACGCCGCGGUCUUGUGCCCAAAGCUCACUCACAGCUGUGGAGCAUUUGUUGGAGCGCGCUGUCUCGCGACAGAUCUCUCGGAUCUUUGUCCCAAUUCUCCAUCCCGGUCGCGUUUUCCAGCGGCGUUUCGGAGGGCGGCGCGGGAGCUCUCAAAUCGGCGGGCAUUCCUCUCAUCUCACAGGUUCUUGUCUUCGCUAGCCUUGCUCGCCCAGAAUCAAGGAAAGCGAAGAAGCUGGGAGGAGCGAAUUGGGUCUAUCCAUGAAAACAGGCACCAGGGGGAAUCUGGCUUGGGUGGUCGGCUGCUAGGAGGUGUUUGUCAAGUGGGUUGUGGCCGGAAUUGGAGAUGGAGCUCCCAGAUCGCAGGAGAGAUUGAUAGGUCGGCCAAAGUGGAGGUGGGUUUUCGCGGCUUGGUUGCUUGGCUCCACACAGACCCUAUGCCUGGGGUUAUGGCCAACACUGACAACCAAGGCAAUGUGGUGCCACAGCGAGACCCUUCGCCCGAGCUCCAGCGGCAGCGAGGGAAGUGCUGGGGGAAAUUCUGGUGCCUCGGCUCCUCCCGGAAGCGAGGAAUGCGAAUUUGCCCCGCGAGACAAGAAGGCCCGGCGUCGGCCACCAAUGCAUGGACAAACGGAGCUUCGUCCUCCACCGCCGCCAACCAGUUCGUCGGCCUCUCGCCAUCGCUGCUAGCACCGCCAUCCUCCCCGGCGUCCUUCGCAAACUCGGGGAAUCCUUCCACGGUGCAGUCCCCCGCCAGCUUCACCGUCUCGCUCUGCGUCCCCGCCGCCAGCUCCUGCUCCCCGGCCUUCGACUCCACCGCCACCAUGUUUACCAUCGGACCAUACGCUCACGAGACGACGCUCGUCACCCCGCCAGCUUUCUCGGCCUUCACCACCGCGCCGUCCACCGCUCCAUUCACGCCGCCGCCGGAGCUCGCGCACCUCACCACCCCGUCCUCGCCCGACGUUCCAUUCGCGCAGCUCUUGACGUCGCUCAAGAACAAAGGCGCGGUGGCGGGAGGAGCGGCGCCGCCAUACUCGGCCUCGCCGUUUGCGUCACCCGACUACGUGUCCCGGGGCGACAUGCAACCGUCGUAUCACUUGUAUCCCGAGAGCCCGCUCACCAGCCUCAUCUCUCCGGCCUCCGGGGUGUCCGAGUCGGGGCCUCCAUCGCCGCUACCCGAGCUCGAGUUCCCGGCAGCCAUCACUGCGGCCAAGGCGGCCAAGGCCACCAGCGUCCGCUUGGCUGUGAGCUUGUGCGACCGGCGAGCUGUGAGACUGGGACACGAGACGCCACGGUCGCUGGACUCCAACAAUCACUCGAGGGAGCUGGAGCCAAUCAAGAUCUUGAGUCCUCCGAGGGGGCAGUACGAGGAGAGGUGGUGCUCCAGGACGCUCGACUCGUGCUCCACGUCGAGUAACGCUGUUGCUGCUACCAAGUCGAUGGAGGAGUUGCCGCGGCGGAGUCAUUCGUGUGGUGGGAUCGAUGAAGUGGAGCUCAAGAGAUCGCUGUCACAAGUUGGAGCUCUUCCGCGAGGUGGAGACGAUGACGAUCGGGCUGACGCAGAUGUAGAUACGAUGGUGGUGGAGGAUUCGCAGCAGCCGACGUCGGCUUUGCUCAGGGGUGGCGACGAUGAUAUCUCGGACUCUCUCCGGGACGAAGAAGGAAGAACAGAGAAGAACAACGACCUUGCUGCUACUGCUACUGCUGAGACAACAACGCAUUCUCGGCCUAUCGAAGAAGAUGGAGUUGGAGUUUGCUCGUCUUCUUCAUCGUCUUCUUGUUUGGACAAGUCGGGUGAUGUGGAAGGAGAACCGAAGAGAUACGAAGAACAGGCACUCGAGUCGCCUCGAAGCGACUGUGGGAUCGUUCUGGAAGUGGAGAUCACUCCGGACGAUCUCGUCAAGGUGAACAUCACAGGUGCCAAGAACAAGAAGAAUGGCAUCGUCACCAAGAAGAAUGGCUUCCACCACCACCACCACCACCACCACCACAACCAUAACCAUCGAAAUGGUUUUGUGGCGAGCUCCAAGUCGAGCUGGGAAGACUUGGACGCCAUGUCUGUGGAUUGCAUGGAGCUCAACCUGGCCGAUAACACCAUCAAAUCGCCUCUCAAGUCUUCUCCCACCAUGGAUUCAUGCUAAAGUUUGUGCUUGUGGUAAGCUCUCUCUCUUUUCUACGUUUUCCUUUCUUCUUUCAAACAAGACAUCUUGGAGCUCGCAAGCUAAGUAGAUUGGCGCUGUUGAUUCCAGCCCCUCCUGUUAAUUAUUUUCACAGAAGCAACUAAGUUUUUUUUUUCUU